AUGUCGAGGAUGAUUACUCGCAAUGGUGGUGUUCGCCCUGCUGACGGGUUGUCUGGAGUGACCCAGGACAAGGACAAGGUUAAGGAGUCACCGUUGGUGGCUGAUGCUUCUGCUGCGUCAUCGGUCAAGCGUACAACUGCUCUGUUCACGGAAGCGGAUAAGGAAGCUCUUCAGCCUGGCGGAUCGGCUCAAGGCAUUAAAGAUGCUGCGCGAGACUUACUUGCGACGGCGACUACUGGUGCUGUGCUGCCUCAGAAGGACGGCUUGGAUGUGUCGGAACCUGCAUCUGGAACGGGGGAGAAUGGUCAGCAUCAGGACAAGGGUGCGGGGGUCAAAGUUACGGCUACGGCUACGACUACGGCUGAUGAGGAUGACGAGGAUGACGGCUACCUGAGUGAUGACCCCGAGGAGCGUUAUGAGGCUGCUGCGAAGGGCGAGGUGGCGCAACGGGUCCGGUUUGCCAUCACUCUGCUGGUUCCUGUUGAAUUCAAGCCGGAGGUGACGCGGGUGCAGGCGACUCUGCGUGCGCUUUUCGGAAUCUGGAAGAAGGAUUUGGGGGUCGAUGUGCAGUCCACUACCAAGUUCCAGGAGCUGGGUACUCAGUACCUGAAUAAGAAGCAGUACUGCCGUCUUCAGGUGUCGUUUGAUCGGGCGCGUGACGCUAACUUCGUCUGGCGUCAUGGGAUUGUCCACGUCUGUAUGGAUGGGAAGACAAGGAUUAACCUGGAUUGGCAGCACCCGGUGAAUCCGGCUUAUGUCAAGGCGCGUGCGGCUGACCCAACGCUGGUGGAGGUCCUGUUCAAGGGGGUGGAUGCGGUCAUUACGCCUGAUAUGCUUCGCGAGAUGCUGGUGGUGGUAAAGCUGCUAAUGAAGUGGGUGUCUCGGAUCUGCGCAGCCGCCUCAAUCAGACUCACAGAUCUGACCAGGCUUAUUCUGAAGGACCCGGCGCUGUUGUUGAUUUUGACCGGUGGGAACCGCGAGGAGUGGAUCUGCGUGCAGGAGUGCUGCGACAAGGCGUGUGGGGUCACUUUUGCGCAGGCCGCGGAACACGUUGUUUCCCAGCGCCACAGCGAUGGCACGGUGUCAGGCGCGGCUACCCGCAGCUCCAAGGCUGGUGUCGCUUUGCCGGCCGCGCGGAAGGAGUUUGGCGUGUGA